AUGGGAGACUUUCAAAUUCCAUCUUCGGACCUUUGCUGUGUGGCGAGCGCAUGUUUUUUUUUGUCAAACGGGUACGACAUGAUGCUUGCGAAUCAGUGCCGGCAACUGUUGGGACGCAAGGCCCGAAGAAGUCAGCCUAUCACGGAAGCUCUUGAGGUAGAUAAUGUUGCCGAGCACAAAGUGGCAAUCCUUUGUACACAUGACUGUGCCCCUAGCCAUCAGAGAGAGAUCGAAAUGCUAAGCGGUGCUCGCGCGCUCAACGGGGAUCACAUCUUCACAUCGGCUUCGGUGCCUGCCAAUGCAGCGGUCAUCAAAGGGGUGCUAAAGCAUGGACGACCCGAGCAACUCACAGUUCUGCUACCGCAGACUCUUGAUCAACAAGAUCCGAAGUUUCGAAGACUCCUUGAUACAUGCGUUGACGCAGGAGCAUCAGUAGUUUCGGGCACCACAAGCAUCUCGAAGGAUUUUGAUGAGGCAGCCCACAAAUGUCACAGGACACUACUGAACAAGAUCGACCAGCUGGUGGCAUUUGCUCCAAUGGAAAAUGGGUCGGAUACCUUGGUGGCAACAGCCAGAGAACAAGGCGUAAAGACCACCACGUUCUACACUUGA